AUGGCGCUGAACACGAACGGUGCCGCCCCAGAGAAACUCGAGGUGGAGAGUGGCACGUCGCACGGAGAGCCCAAUGAGGUAUACGUGUCGAAGGAGGCUCCUCUUGAGGUAAGGUUAACGGCUGACACCCAUGAAGAACCUGUCGACGGCGCACGCCUUUUCAGCCUCUCCACUCUGAAGAUUGCACUACCAAACAUUCUCAUUCCUGCUCUCUACGGAUACCACAUCGGGUACGUCGGACCGUACGCGACGAUGUAUUCCUACGCGACGAACUGCCAGCUGUACGGCGCGCAGACCUCGUGCGAGACGCUGUCCGGUGCGAAGUGCAAGUGGAUGGACGCCACGACGGUGAACGCGACGUCGACGCUGGGGAUGGUGUGCGGGUGGGAGGCGCCGCGCACGACGUGCUUCCUGAGCUACGAUGACGAGGGCAGCUGCGGUGCGGACCACGACUGCGUGUGGAGCUACUCCGCGAGCACGUGCGGGAACAAGGUGGGCUACACGUCGAUCCAGAGCGGCCUAUUUGCGAGUUCGCUCAUCAUUGGCGGCCUCUUCGGAUCCUUGCUCGGCGGGUACCUGACGAAAUGGCUGGACUACCGCAAGAGCUUCCUGCUGAUCGGUGUCAUCGCUGUGGUCGGCUCUAUCCUGGCGCACGUGGCGACCGGCAUCUUCCAGUUCUGGCUGCUGUUUGUUUCCCGCAUCAUUGUCGGCUUUUCGAUAGGGUGGCAGUCCAUCACUGCGCCGCAUUACGUUAACAGGUUUUCGCCGAUAUCGCUCCGGAAGACGCUGGGCACACUGUUUCAAGUGUCGGGUGCGUUUGGUACGUUUAUUGGCGCCAUCCUCGGUAUCUGCCUUGGCAACACGAUCGCGUACGACGCGGAGCGUGACGCGAAGGUGAUGGGCCGCUUGCAGGGCUUCGUUGCCUUUCCAACUCUGCUGUCGGUUCUUGUGAUGUUUCUCCCCUUGCUGACGAAGGACGGCUACUCUCUGGUGCCGGAGGACAAAUACGAGGACGCUGCGGAGGGUGCAUCGUCUGGCGCAAGGAUGAAUACGAAGAAGUAUCCGUUCUCGAUGAUGGUCAAGCCAGUAGUGGUGGGCAUGGUGAUGGGAUGCACGAUGCAGCUGACCGGCAUCACCGCGAACAUGAACUUUGCACCAACGAUCAUGUCGAACCUUGGCCUGGACGCGCUCGUGGGCAACAUCAUCGUGAUGGCGUGGAACUGUGUAACUGCCUUCGGCGUGAUCCCGCUGUCGAAGAAGUUCUCGAUGCGGACAUUGUUCCUGUUCUUUGCGGCGUUGGGUUCACUGUGCUGCCUGUUCCUGAGCGGCAUCCCUGUGUACCCCGGCGUGACGAAGGUGAAGCUUGCGAAGGAGGUGCUUGCGAUCAUCGGCAUUGCGCUCUUCAUCGCGUCGUACGAGAUGGGCAUCGGUCCGUGCUUCUAUGUGCUUGCCCUGGACGUGUUCCCAGAGUCGUUCCGCCCGAUCGGCUCGUCUAUCACAACGGGUGUCAUGUUCGCUGUGACCGUUGUGCUGAACAUCUGCUAUCCGAUCGCGACGGAGGGCAUCUCCGGCGGCCCGUCUGGCAACCAGGACAAGGGCCAGGCUGUGGCGUUCAUGUUCUUUGGCUGCAUCGGCAUUGUGACGGUGGUGUUCGAGUACUUCUUUCUGCACCCGUGGGAGGAUCCGGUUGAUUCCGUUCCCUCCGAGGAGUAA